AUGGUGAUCAUGGAAUAUUAUAGAUUGAGUAGUCUUCAAGUACUUGUAGCUUUGUACUUCAUCGGAUACAUCAUGGGUGGUUCCCUUCCAAAUGUUCAAUGCAUGGAGAGCGAGCAGAAAGCUCUUCUGAGGUUCAAGGAAAGCUUGGUUGAUCAUUCGGACCGUUUAUCUUCUUGGGUGGCUGAAGAAGAAGCUGAUUGUUGCAAAUGGAGAGGAGUUGAAUGCAACCACACCACAGGUCAUGUCAUGGCUCUUGAUUUACCAAAUGAGUCCUUGCAAGGUGAGUUAAAUUCUGCUUUGCUUGACUUGCCAUAUCUAAGUUACCUAGACUUGAGUCUCAAUCAUUUUGACACAAAUGAAAUUCCCAAGUUCAUUGGCUCUCUUAGUAAUCUAGAAUAUCUCAAUCUCUCUCAAGCCAAUUUCAGGGGACAUAUUCCCAGAGAACUUGGAAAUCUUUCACGGUUACAUUUUCUUGAUUUGAGUAGUAGGUACCACCCUCUUACAGCAAGCAACCUUGACUGGCUCCAAGGUCUUUCUUCUUUGAAGGUCCUUAACUUGGGCGGGGUUGAUCUUAGGAAUGCAGUGAAUUGGCUCAAUCAAAUCAAUGUGCUGCCUUCUCUAGUAGAACUGCACUUGUUUGAUUCUAACCUUAACAAGCUUCCUUCAUCUUUGCCUCAUGCAAACUUCACGUCGCUUCAAAUUCUUGACCUCUCACUUAACAACUUCAGUUCUUCAAUACCUCGUUGGUUGUUCAACAUUAGCCAUAGUCUUGUUCAUAUAAACUUCACAGGAAGUCACUUACAAGGCCCCAUUCCGGAUGCUUUUGAGAACAUGACUUCUCUUGCUAUUCUUGAUUUGUCCUCGAAUAAUCUUGAAGGUGAAAUACCCAAAAGUCUGGGUUUGAUUCGGGAAGGAAACCAACUCAAAGGACCUUCAUCCUUGAGAGAAUUGGAUCUCUCCUACAAUCAAUUAAAUGGGAAAUUAUUGCAAAGUCUCGGUCUACUUUCAAAACUAGUAGUCUUGGAUGUUGAAUUGAAUCGCUUGGCAGGUGUUAUCACUGAGGCUCAUUUUUCGAAUUUAAGUAGCUUACGAGUAUUACGUUUGGAUGGCAACUCGUUUGUUUUAAACAUGAGCUCAAGUUGGGUCCCUGUUUUUCGACUUGAUAUAAUAAGCUUGUGGGAUUGCCAUUUGGGACCACUAUUUCCCUAUUGGUUACGUACACAAAAUGACUUCUCCUACAUUUCUAUCGAUCAUGCUGGUAUUUCAGAUUCCGUGCCCGAUUGGUUUUGGAAUCUCUCUACAAUGGCAGAUCAGGUGACUCUCUAUAGCAAUCAGCUCAAAGGAAAAGUGCCGGAUUUGUCGUCGUUAGUCAAUCUUUCACAUCUAGAUUUGGGGAGCAACAGUUUUCAUGGUCCCCUGCCACGUUUCUCUGCCAAAAUGAAGACAUUGUAUCUGGAUGACAAUUUGUUUUCCGGACAUAUUUCUCAUAUAUGUGAGUCGUUGGUUGUAAAUAGUUCCUUAAGUGUUUUGUAUUUGUCUGGAAAUAACUUCUCUGGACAGCUACCAGACUGCUGGACAAAUGGGCAAAAUUUGGACACACUAUACUUGGGAAACAAUCAGUUUUAUGGCAAAAUUCCAGACUCAAUUGGCCAUCUUCCUCUCUUUAUUUUGAGUUUGUGGGGGAAUAGGUUAUAUGGGGAAAUCCCUUUGUCCUUGAAGAAUUGCGCAAGUUUAGCGCAUUUAAAUCUCAAGCAUAAUAAAUUAUCGGGGAGCAUAGCUUGGAUUGAGGGAAGUCUCCCAAAUUUGGCAAUUCUAUACUUGGAUUCUAACAAUUUCAGUGGAACUAUUCCCUCGCAUCUGUGCCAACUUAAGCAUCUAAAACUUUUGAAUCUUUCUUCAAAUCAUAUAUCAGGAACAAUUCCACUGUGCAUCAACAAUAUUAUGGGUAUGACUAGGACUGAUUAUAAUCCUUUAACGGGUGAAGAAGAUCGCAAUCCUAUGGCUCCAUGUAGCAUUGAUCUUUCGUCAAAUAAUUUAUCAGGAGAGAUCCCCAUAAUAGUCACGAGCCUUAUUGGAUUGGUUUACUUGAAUCUUUCAAAUAAUCAUUUGACAGGUUCUAUUCCACACGACAUUGGUUCCAUGAAACUUUUAGAACAGCUUGAUUUAUCCCGGAACGAGCUUUCAUGCUCCAUACCCACCAGCAUAUCUGAUUUAGCUUCUCUUGAAUUUUUGGAUGCGUCACAAAAUAACUUAUCAGGAAAAAUUCCAUCAAGCAUGCAGAAAUUCGAUAAAGCAUCCGUCAUGGGAAAUCCCAACCUCUGCGGGCUUCCAACUGCGAAUGAUUGCUUGAGCAAUGUGACAUAUGAGGAUGCACUUUGUAGAGGCGAGGAAGCAAGCAAAGGAAGUGAAAGCAGGCAAGUUGAGAAUGGGGAUGGGAUUGAAACAACUUCAUUCUACAUUAGAAUGGCAGCCGGAUUCAUUACUGGAUAUUGUGGGUUUUGGAGCGCUUUAUUGUUCAACACUUCAUGGAGGAAUGCCUAUUACCGAUUCUUGGGCAAUCUUUGUGAAAAGAUAUACGUAAUGGUUGUUGUUAACAUGAACAGAGUGAGCAAGAAGUUUCAGAGCAAGCAGGCAUGA